CUGUGUCUUCCGUUCAUCAUGUUUGGUUGAGAUGUGUGAGAGUUCAUGACAGACUUGAAGAAGCGUGAAAAACUCGCGCCUUCACAGAUUAUGAGUGAUACACAGCAGUGUGAAAUGGCCGCGCUGGUGGAAAACGACACGAACUUUAUUCAGAAGAGAAACACCAGCACAACUCAAGACUCGCAGCAGCCAUCACCGUUAGCCUUGCUGGCAGCCACCUGCAGUCGCAUAGACGAAAACGAUUCCAUGGAGCAGCAGCCGCGACAAAACCAACAUGGCACUAACGGCUGGAACAUCAUCCCCGCCAGCACGCAGGUCGUGACCAGCUCCAGCAGCACAGCCUCUCCUACGAUGGGCUCAGAAGAAAAAAGCAGACAGGCAACGAGUGCUGCUGUACAACAGCAGUUUGUGAUGACGUCCUCACAAAACCUACAAGGUCAACAGGUGCUCACCACCCUCUCUGGUUUGAUGCCAAAUAUCCAUUAUCAGGUGAUCCCACAGUUUCAGACUGUAGACGGACAGCAGCUCCAGUUUAAUCCUGCACCUCAGGAUGUGUCAGCUGCAGCAACAGGGCAGUUUCAGCUUGUGUCCUCUCCCAAUGGCAGCCAGCAGUUCAUUGCAGCCUCCUCCAACCGAGCUGCUGGCACUGGAAACAUCUUAACCGUCCCGGGCCUGUUUCAACAAGCUAUACCGCUACAAAACAUCAGUCUGGGUAAUACUGUGUUGCCCAGUCAGACGCAGUUCCUCGCCAACAUGCCUGUUCCACUGAAUGCCAAUAUUGCCCUGCUGCCAGUGGGAUCUGGUGCUCCUGCUGGAGCUGUAAGUGAUGCAACUGCUGGAGGAAUGUUAGGAACAUCUCAACAGCUGCUCCAGAAUGUCUCAUCUUCAGCUUCAGCAGACUACAGUACCACCUCCACCAUCACACAGACGGCUGCUGGCGUUGCAACCCCGAGCAGCAAAGGUGAGGCAGGAAAACCUUUCCAGAAUGUGUCCGAUACCAGAGAUGGACAGAAACCAGGUCAAGCUCAGAUCCUCAUCCAGCCGCAGCAGGUCCUGCAGACCGUUCAGCCCAGUACAGUCUCAGCCGGCGGUCAGGUGUUCGCAACGCAGACCCUGUCACAGGACGGAUUGCAGAACGUUCAGAUCCAGACCAUCGCGAACGGCAGUCCCAUCCUGAUCCGCACCAUUGGUCCGAACGGGCAGGUGAGCUGGCAGACGCUUCAGCUGCAGAGUCCCACUAACACGCAAAUCACGCUGGCACCACUGCCACAGCUCACACAGACUGGGGCUGCAGGAACCGUGCAACUGUCUGGUCUUCAAACCAUCAAUCUAAACACGCUGGGCAACACAGGUCUGCAGAUGCAUCAGCUGCAGGGUGUUCCCAUCACCAUCGCCAAUGCUACAGGUGAUGUGGAUGGUACAGCUCCAGACAGUCUGGAAGACAGCAGCAUGCUGGAUGAGAAUAUGGAGAGCAGCCCGACACCUACCAGCAGACGUACAAGGAGGGAAGCCUGCACCUGCCCAUACUGCAAAGACGGAGAGGGACGUGACCCCAGUAAAAAGAAGCAGCAUAUUUGUCAUAUCCCCGGCUGUGGGAAGGUCUAUGGGAAGACAUCUCACUUACGAGCACACUUACGCUGGCACACUGGAGAGAGACCCUUCGUUUGCUCUUGGUCGUUUUGUGGGAAACGUUUCACGCGCUCGGAUGAGCUGCAGCGACACAAAAGAACACACACAGGUGAAAAGAAGUUCUCAUGUCCUGAGUGUCCCAAACGUUUCAUGCGUAGCGACCACCUGUCCAAACACAUCAAGACCCAUUUGAAUAAGAAAACUGCUUCCGGUGCCGCAAGCACCAAUGACAACACCGGCACCACUGUGGCCGCCACUGACAGCUGCACUGCAGGUGACGCUACAACUGAUCAGCAAACUCUUGUAGCCAUGGACACGCUGUCAUCAGAGGGGUUUGCGCGGUUAGCGCCCAGUGGCAUCAGUGUCAUGCAAGUCACAGAUUUGCAUUCCAUUAAUCUGAACAGCAAUGGUUAUUAAUGAACACUGGAGUGUGUGUUUAGUGUGAAUGCACUGCAGAUUGUAGGCAUUACAACAUCUGAUAAAGCACAGAGCCACCUGCGAGCAACAGCCAUGACGGAUGCUUUAAGAGGCGAUAGAAUGAGAUGUGAUGCACCUCAAAAAUGUUUGUUUACCUCAUCCUCGCUGAUACUCCUGAAUCUUGCUUCUCUUGCUUCCCUUCCUUGUGUAUUCUGAAUCCUUUCAGCUUUCCUUUUCCCACCAUUUACUGAUGCCUUGAACUUAAAUCAUGUUGUGCUCAUCUAGGUUUCACUCAGUGGCCCUCUUGAAGUCCAGAAGAGAUGAUCAAUUGGGUUACAACAGGACAAUUUGAGAGUUGGAAACUGAAAUGUCAUAGUCGACUCUUUUAAUCUUUAAUAGUGUACUCAUAAGCCAUCAUGCUCCCAUGUAUUGACCACAGUAAAAAAAAAAAAAAAAAAAUGAAACAAAGUUUGCUUUGUUUUUGUACUUAAGUUAUAUUUCCCUAAGUAUGGAACAAUGCAAAUUCUAAAAUUGCCUUUGUUUUGUGAAUGUGUAUAUGAAUUAUGCCUUAAUUUUGUCUUAAACUUAAAUGUCACAAUUUUUAUAUUAUGUAGAUGUUCUAUAACUUGCUUUAUAGUUAUUUUUUGUAUUGCAUUAGUUUUUGUCCUUGAAUACAAUGCACACAAGUUACAGUAAAUACAUGCAAUUGAUUAAUGCUAAAUGUACUGGUUUUCUUGGUCACUUUGGUCUUAAUCAAUCAGCAAAUUAUCGGGAACAAUUUACACCAGUUAAAAUCGAAUGUCUUAAACUCUGCUUUUCAGAAGGAUAUCUUUUGACUGAAUUAAAACCAUAGCUUUACACUUUUUAUAAUAUGUUAACUCAGGUGACUCUUGGUCUUAGUCUUUGUGUUAAGCAUUUGUUAUUAUUAAAUUAAGAAUAACUACAUAAAGACCUUUAGCAUUUGUUAUUUAAAAUGUCAUUUCUUGACUUCGAAAAUGUUUGAAGUGGUAUUUCACAUAUUCAUUAACAUGUUGCGGUUGUUGUAUCAAUGUACAUGAGUUUGUGUUAGUUUGGUUUUUCCCCCUUUUUAAGAUACUUCCAAAAUGACUGAUGAGGACAUGUUUUGCAACUGGUGACCAUCACCACUACAUGAAAAGAUUUUAUAUUCCCACUGUUCGCAUUUACAUUGAUAAGAUUGAUAAGGGCAGAAACUAGUAGUGAAUGGAGUAUAAAAUAUAAGAUAUUCCCAUGAGGUUAUUAUGUUGAACCCCUUAAAUAUGGGCAAAAUUUACGUGCAAAGAGGAAAGCCUGCGAAAGCUCCCCCUAGUGCAGGGGUCAGCAACCUAUGCUGGCACGCCAGCAAUGGCGAGAGAGGAGUAGACCAUUUUAUUUAUAUAAAUUCUGCACCAGCAUUCCAAUCUACAUCUUGAUGUAAUCCUUCCUCAUGAUUACUCAAUGUGUUUUCAUGAGUUGAAUGGGAGGAUAAACACUAUUAAAGUGUGACGAGACUCACGCUGCGCGUGCAAGCCAUUCGCACAUCACAAGCCGGCAGCACUUCACUUUUGGUUAAUCGCGCGAGGAAACGCGCUCACUUUGCUUCGGUCAGGCUGCGCAGAUGACAGCCUACAUUCCAUGUUUUCAUUUGUUUCUUUUUGCUUUCAGAACAACACGUGAUGUAAUAAGGAAAACACCACUAUUAAUCCUUGAGAUUUCCAACCCAUACAGGUACACCGUCUUUAAACCUUGGUCACACUCAAAAUUACAUUAAACGAUUGAAAGAGAAAACAAACCCACACAGUGGGGUUAAAAAAUCAGGGUCUAUUCAAAAUAUAAAUUAAACCUGGAAAUAAAGUGUCAUCACACUUUAAUAGUGUUUAGCCUCCUAUUCAGUUGAUAAAAACACUGCGUGAUCAUGAGGAAGGACUACAUCAAGAUGUAGAUUGGAAUGCAGGUGCGAAAAAAAACUUCAUAUAAAUAAAACAGCUUUUGAUUACACACAAUUUCUUGAUCAGUAUACAAGCAAUUAUGUAAAAAAUAAAACUCAAUUUUGUACAAAAGGGCAGGUUUUCAUUAAGCACUUUCACAAGAUGCUCUGUGAAAAUUCACAUGCAGGAUCAUGAUUUACCAUAAUCAUUGGGUUUUGCACAAAAUUUUCACUCAAACUGUUGUGCUGAUAUCAUUUGUAAUGAAAAAUAAAUGAUUAAAAUCAGACAAAUGGACACAACAAA